AUGAAGACGCUUCGAAGCUUGGUCGCGGCGCUAGUACUAUCGUGUAUAUGCAUCCUUUUUCUCCUGCCAUCCUACUCUUUAGCCACGUCAGAUGAUCUCCUUCCGGAUAUUCCACGUCCACGUGGCAGCAGAGGAAGGCCAAAGCUCUUUAAGAUCCGAAUACGAUCGCCCAACAAGCUGCCCUUCACUUCCUCAAAGGUUUCGCGCUUCGCGAAUCCCGGUGGCGCCAACAGGGGGAUAGGCCGUUUUCCGCUGCCCUCCUUUCUCGCCGCAUCUUCCGCCGCAUCCUCCGCCGUUUCCUCCGCCGCCUCCGCCAUCUCGUCCCUCCGCCGCGCUCUUUUCAGCCGACGGAAAGCAGCACAAACCGACGCUGAACCUUCCAGGAAACCGGGCGACCAUCCGAACCUAGGCCACCACCAUCGGAUCACCACAACCACCAGAUCAACGGCUGAGAUUGACGGGGGAGCCGACACCACCACGAGCGAGCCGCAGGGUUUCGGCAUUCCCAAGGGUUUCGACAUUCCCAAGGGGAUGCACGGGCCGUUCACGGGGCACCACCCGCGCCUCGGCCACCACACCGCCUCUGUUGGGCACCACUGGUUCGGCGGUGGCCGCCACUCGGGGGCGGGCGCCGCCAGCGCGGAGCGGCGCGCGCCGUUCGGCGGAGGGCACCAUCCGCGGAAGGCGGACGGGACUUUCUUGUUCGGGCACCACCCGUCGGGCGUGGGGCAUCAUUUAAAGCGCGGGCAGAAGUGCUUGGGUAACCAGACCGUUUGUCUCAUCUUCGCUAAGGAGAACCCCGGUUUCGAUGUCUGCUGCGGACGCGCGUGCCGCAACCUACGCAGCGACGUGUUCCACUGCGGCAACUGCCUCACGGCGUGUCCGACGGGCCACCACUGCUGCGACGGCGCGUGCGUCAGCAUCAUGGACGAUCCACGUCACUGCGGCGGCUGCUACAACACGUGUCCUGCUGACUCGGCGUGCCAGCUAGGAAUGUGCGGAUACGGCAGCAGCAGCGGCAGCAGCAGCAGCAGCAGUGGUGGCAGCAGCGGCAGCGCUGGCAGCAAAACUGGUGGCACUGAUGGUACUGGUGGGUUUAGUGGGGUUGGUAUGGGAGGUGCUACUACUAGUGGUGAGGCGAGAGGCCGUUAUAACAGUGCUGGCGGAUUCAGCAGUACCACCAUUGGCGGCAGUGGCAGCGGCAGCGGCAGCAGUGGCAGCAGCAGCAGCAGCAGCAGCAGCAGCAGCGAUGAUUAUGGGAAGAGUUCAGGAGAAAAGUCAGGGGAGGAGUCAGGUGAAAAGCCCAGAGAGAGUGGUGACUCGAGCGAGCACACGAGCGCGCUUUGGCCCGAACUGGAUGAGGCUUCAGGUGGGUCGUCAGGAGAAUCCGCGGGGUCAGGAGAAUCUGGGGUUUCAGGUGAAACUUCAGGUGACGGUUCAGGAGAAAGUUCAGAGGGCGAUGGUGCGGAGGAGAAAGCAGGAGCGGGGGAGGGGACUGAGGAGGGGAGCGAGAGUGAGGGAGGGAAGGGGAAGGAGGAGGGGAGCGAGAGUGAGGGAGGGAAGGGGAAGGAGGAGGGGAGCGAGAGUGAGGGAGGGAAGGGGAAGGAUGCAUGGAAGGAGCAUGUGGGAGGGCGCGUGGUGGAUCUAGACGAGUGGCAGAGAGGUGUUCAGGAGAGCAGCUAUCAUUUGAAGAUGACGAAAGUGGGACAGGGAAAGGCGAGUGAAGGGCAAGGGCACUCACAUGCAAGCAGCAAGAGCAGCACGGGCAGCGAGCGUGGCGGGGGCAGGGGCAGCAGCAGCAGCGGCAGCAAGGGAGGGGUGCAGGAGAGCAGCUAUCAUGUGGAGGUGAGCCAGGAAGGGAAGGGGAAGGCGAAUGAAGGGCGAGGGCACACGCAUGCAAGCAGCACGGGCAGCAAAGGCGGCAGCAGCACCAGUGGGGGUGGUGGUGGCGGCGGCAGCGGCAGCGGCGGCAGUGGGAGCGGCAAUAGCAAAGGGGGGAAGAACGUGUUUAAGAUGAAUACAGAACGCAAGAGCAAAGCUGCUGGGGCAGGGCAAGAGGCGCGGGGGAACAGUGGUGGCGGUGGUCAUGGUGGGAGUGGCGGCGGCGGAGGGGAGAAGAAGAAGCAGCCGAGUACAAAGCAGGUUGAGAUGAAACAAGAGCACGAGCAUGAGCCGCAGCAGACGGUGGAGGAAGCGGCGCAGCAGGUACAGAAGGGAAAGGAGGAGGAGAAAACUGAGCAGCAGCAGCAGCAGCAGCAGCAGCAAGCGGGAGAGAAGGAUCAGGAGGGAAAGCAGCAGCAGCAGAAGAAGGGCGAGGGGGUGAGGUUUGAGGACGAGUGGCAGCAGCUGUUGGCCGUGGCAGACAGCAGCAGACUCGCCACCCACGCUGCUGCUACUCAUGCAGGCACGGGCGGGAACAGUGGCGGCAGCAAUGGUGGCGACAGCACUGGCGGGACCCACGCUGCUGCCCACUCACGCAGGAGCAGGAACGGUGGUGGUGGCAACGGUGGUGGUGGCAGCACUGGCGGCACCCACACUGCUGUCCAUGCGGGCUCUGGGGGGAACAACAGUGGCGGCAGAACUAGUAGCAGCAGCAGCCGUGGCACCCGCGCUGCUGCCCAUGCGGGCACGGGUGGGAGUGGGGGUGGGGAAGGGCGGAGUGCGGUAGAGGGAGGUGCAGCAGUUAAGGAGGGAUGGACGCCGAUAUCCGCGUUGAUUGCCAUGCAGAGACGCAUAGAGGCGGGGAUACCAUGGCAAGGAGCGGAUGGGAACCACCGUGCUGCCGUGAGGUCGACGGGGAGAGGGCCGUCGGUGAAGGCGGUGAGGAAGGAGGUGCGCAGGGAGUGCUCUGGGCUCAGGGAGGGCGUAUUGAGCACCUGUGAGGGAGGGGGUUCGGAGAGAGGACAGUGGUUAGUAGUGCUGUGUGGUGCAGUGAGGUCAAAGGGGAGUGGGCUAUCAGCGAAGGAGGUGCGCAGGGAGGGCUCUGGGCUCAGGGAGGGGGCACCUGUGGGGCAGGAGGGGUGGACGCCUGUGUCUGCGUUGAUCGCCAUGCAGAAGCGCAUAGAGGCGAGGAUGCCGUGGCAGGGGGCGGAUUGGGACCACCGUGCUGCUGCUGCUGCUGGCAACGGUGGGGAUGGGGGUGGUAAGGCCGGUGCCGGUGCCGGUGCCGGUGCUGGUGGUGAUGGUGGUGGUUGUGGUGGUGGUGGUGGUGGUGGUGGUGGUGGUGGUGGUGGUGGUGGUGGUGGUGGUGGUGGUGGUGGUGGUGGUGGUGGUGGUGGUGGUGGUGGUGGUGGUGGUGGUGGUGGUGGUGGUGGUGAUGGUGGUGGUGGUGGUGGUGGUGGUGGUGGUGGUGGUGGUGGUGGUGGUGGUGGUGGUGGUGGUGGUGGUGGUGGUGGUGGUGGUGGUGGUGGUGGUGGUGGUGGUGGUGGUGGUGGUGGUGGUGGUUGUGGUGGUGGUGGUGGUGGUACUGCUGGUGGUACAGCUGAGUGGUUGGGAGUCCACAGCAGCGGAAGGCGGCACACGGGACAGCAGCGGCAGCAGCAGCAGCAGCAGCAGGGGGGGCAUGCGAAGCAUGGGUGA